UAAAUGUCAUCAAUAUCCAAAUCUUGAACAAACUGUACUCGACGGUAAACGUUUGGAUUUUUUUCUCGUCGCGGUGUAUUUUUCCCCAUCUAAAUCGGUGACAGUUUUUCAAAUUUGUAUGUACUGUUCCCAUGUAUUCGUUACGUUGCGAAACGGCAAAAAGUACUUCGCAUCCGGUAUCGCAUUUUCGUACAGUUAACCGAGCCAUCUUACCAUUAUCCAAGUUGACAUUCAUCGAAAACAGACGGACGACUAGUAUAACUAAGUCCAGUUCAAAAAGACACAUCCGGUACGGCGUCAGCGUGGACAGUUUCAGUUCUCGUAAAUUAAUGUCGAAGAAAAUUGCAUUUCAUGUUGAGCGUUUUUCAAAACACGAGAAUGCGUCUUUUGUAUACGAGUAAAAUUCAUCAAGUUGUUUCGUUUUCGGCGCGGCGCUCUGCAAACGAUGUUUUAAUGAGUUGAUUUUUUCCGAAGGAGAUUGAUGAUCGGUACUUUUGAUAAAGGUUUUUAAAGCCAGGGGCCCGUUUUAAUUUAGUGAAAAAGUGACACCAAUGGAUGUGACAUAUUGGAUAAAAGCUUUACUACGUAUGUUCUAUAUUGUGACACCUUCCGAAUAUAAGACUGAAAAUGGCAGUUCCGUAUUUAAAGAGGCUUUACCCUUUUUUGCGUUAUUUAUGGUAUUGGAAAACGUUAUCUUGUAUACGAAGAAAGGAUCGUUUUUACGAUUAAACGAUAGUAUUAAUUCUUUAUCUCAUGGGAUCUUCUACGAAUGCGGAAGAUUAUUAUCAAGAGGACUGGAAAAUUGGUUGUAUUGCUACAUUUAUUACAAUUUCAAAUUGGUCGAAUUGCAAUGGGACACAGCAGCAACUUGGUACUGUGUGGCUGUGAUGGUAGAUUUUUGCUAUUACUGGGUUCAUCGAGCUAGUCACGAAAUUCAUAUAUUAUGGGCUCAACAUCAAGUCCAUCAUAGCUCGGAAGAUUUCAAUUUAGGCGUCGGUCUGAGACAGUCGAUUUUUCACGCCUGGUGUGGUUUUGUGCUCUAUCUACCUAUGGCUUUCUUCGUACCACCGAAACAGUUCAUUAUGCAUCAGCAGUUUAAUUUGUUAUAUCAGUUUUGGAUACAUACGGAAAUUGUAUCGAAUCUGGGAGUUUUGGAGCACGUGUUAAAUACUCCCAAUCAUCAUCGAGUGCAUCAUGGCAGUAACCCGAUAUAUUUAGAUAAGAAUUACGGAGGUGUUUUGAUAAUUUGGGAUAAAUUAUUCGGUACAUUUAUGCCAUAUGUGAGCGAGAUAACGUACGGAUUAGUCUAUCAACCUCGUACAUUUAAUCCGCUUUAUCAACAAUUCUUUUACACCGGCAACGUUUACCAAAAAUUCGAUAGUUUUCAAGAUUGGCCAAAUAAAUUACAAUCUAUGAUUAAAGGACCAAGUUGGACGCCUGGAAGUGAAUGGACAGGAGACGAGAAAAAUAAAAUGGAUAAUACACAAAGAUCGAAGCAUAAUCCUCAAUUGAGAACUUGGCUCAAGAUUUAUCUAUGUUUGCAUUUCAUAUUAACGGUGAAGCUGUUCGAUGACAGCGUAGCGCAAUCUAAUCUUGUUCAUCCAAUCGAAACAUUUUUACUGGUGUGUUAUAUUUUAUUUUCGCUUACUGUGAUUGGUAUGUUUUUCGAUGAUAAUCCAUCGGCGAUUUCUUGGGAAAUUCUGAGAUGUUUAACGAUCUACGUUUACAUCCGGUACUCGGGCAAUGAUAUAUAUUUUUUCAACUUCGAUACGGAAAUUGUUUACAUAUUAUCGGCUUGUUUUUGGAUUGUUUACGUGUUUAAUAAGUCUAGUGGUAAUUCGUGUUAUCAAUAUGACACGAUUGGUAAAAAGUAUUUAUCGGCACGCUCACUGGUGAAGUAAUAUGCCUACUAGUGAGAUACCCCGAAGCUCUGAAGGUAUUCGUAUUCGUGAUGUAAAUACCAUAGUACCUCGCAUACUAGGUAUAGAAAAUAUUUUCAUGUUUAUUUUUUUAAAAAUCAAAAAAUAUUUACUUUUAAUAAAACGUUCGCAAGUGAUGAA